GGAACCAGCUGGCUGAGCUGACGUGGGAGGCUGGGGUCUCAGAAAAAUUAAUUUUACCAACUGAAAUAUUUUUUACCAAUAUCAAUAAUCAUGAACACCAAAGACUUUGUAGUUCUUCCAUGGGGAAAAUCUGGAAAUUCUGUAAGGCUAAAAUAUAAAAAUGUCCAAGAAUUACGAAUGGAGAAAAUACAAUUAGAACUGGAGAACCAAGAGAUGGAAAAGAAAUUACAAGAAUUCCAGGGAGCAAAGGAUGGAGAAAAGAAGGAAAUAAAGUCAAGUGGAUAUCACUGGAAAUCUGGAAAAGUGACCAAAUUGGGUCAUCAGUCACAUCUGAUUUCACAAAAUAAGGCCACUGCCAUUAAGGUUUCUCCUGGAAAAGUGAAAUUAAAAUCACUGAAGCAGCAAUUUCAAGAGCCAGUGAAACAACCCAUUAAUCACAAAAUGGCAAAUUGUUCUAGAAAUGAGAAACCCAAGAUAAAAGGGAAGGUUUGUGGACAGUGUGAGAACAAAGCUGCUCUAUUAGUUUGCCUUGAAUGUGGUGAAGAUUAUUGUUCAGGAUGCUUUGCUAAAAUCCACCAGAAGGGGGCACUGAAGCUCCACAGAACGACUCUUCUGCAGGCAAGAUCUGAAGUAUUCUCCAGAAUUUUGGAUGUUGCCCAUGGAUUUAUCAAGGAGAUUAACCCAGCUGAAGCCAAAGGAGAGAACACUGCUGUGAAAGGGACCAGUGAGGGCCAACCUUUGCCCGGACCUCCUGCUCUGGAAGGAAGGUACUCUGAGGUAGAGAUCACAACAACAAGAAGAGCUGACUGUACAGAGCCAGGAGAAAGGCUCUUGUGUGAAGGGUCAUUUGAUGAAGAAGCUUCUGCCCAGUCCUUUCAGGAAGUGUUAAGACAGUGGAGAGCUGGGAGCCACAAGGACCAGAAGCAACCGGACUUACUUUCAGCAAAACCAGAUUCAUUGGAAGAAUGUGAGGUGCAAACUAACUUGAAAAUUUGGAGAGAACCUAUAAGCAUUGAAUUUAAAGAAGACAGUAGUCUCUCCUACAUGGAAAAAUUAUGGCUUAAAAAACACAGGAGAACUCCACAGGAGCAGCAUCUGAGCCUGCUUCCUGACACGUCCGUGCACCCACGUGAAGCUAGCAGUGGGACCCAAGGCCUCCAGAAUGGAAACGAUGGCGAUAGUGAUGUCGAGGAGGCCAAAGUACAAUACCCAACCCUUUUCCUGCCUGUAGAAGAAUUAAAGGUAGAGAGACCUGAACCAUCUCUACAGAUAACAGAAUUAGAUGAGCCUUACGAAGAGGAAUUUGAAGAACCAGGAAACCUUGUUCCUUACAAAGUUGAAUUAGCGAAUGCAGACAGCCAGCUUAGUUGUAAUAUUAUAAUGAGACAAGAGGUGGGAACAGGAAUUUCACAUGCAUAUUUUGACAACAUUGUGGAUUCUGAUUCAUAUUAUCCUGAUAUAGAAAAAAUAGAGGAAAGCAGCACUUUUGAAGAAAAUCUGAAAGAGAAAAGUAUAAAUAUAGGAAAUAAAGAAAAAUCUGAAGAUUCCAACAUAUCACCUGACAGCAAAGAUUUGCCAACAGUACCUGAGUCUUUCGUUGAGGAGAAAUUUUCUCAAGAAACCAAAGAAUCCUUCAAAUUUAGUAAUGUGUAUGAGAAGCCAAACUUUGAAGAUUCUAAAGCUAAAGAGUCACAACUGUUGUUACAGGAAAUAGCCAUCAGAAAUAAACCCAAAAGCCAACCAUAUCAAGGACUUGAGAGAUUCUUUACUUUUGAUUCAGACGUAAGAUGCAACUUGCUUCUUCCCGAUGGCUCACCAUAUAGCUCCUCCUACAGUAGGAUUCCACUUUCAGGAGACAGAGAAUGGAUCCCAAGGAGCAGCCUGAGCGCCCAUGCUGAGCACACGGCUGUUUUGGGCUCUGUGAUGAGCGUCCUGUGCUCCCUGCCAACUGGGAGGCAGCAGCAGACAGGCCAGAAAUCACAGAGACCUUCAACAGCAAAUUUACCACUUUCCAACAGUAUUAAAGUGUGCUCCAGCAGCCUUUUAUCCUCCCGUCCUCAAUCAAGAAGCACAGAAGCUCUGUCGUUACCUCGAUCUGCUUCUGAAAUUUCAGAAAUUGAAUAUAUUGACAGAAUUGCCCCAAAUGCACCUUUCUUAGAUAACAUUGCUGAUCAACAAUCCUUAGGCAAUUCGGCAAAAGAAUUAAAUAUACUUAGAAAUCUUACAGAUCCUUCAGAAAAGGUUUAUGACCCAAACUCAGAAGAGUUACCAGCUUUGAGCAACAAUUCCCUGAGCAGAAGUCAGAUUUCUUCAGAUUUCACCAGUUCCUCUUAUGGGAAGGGCCCCUAUGGAGUUGAGGAAUUAAGCUCUUCUGGAGCAGAUACCAAAAUUCCAUCUUUGCUGUCAUUUUCUGAGAGCCGUAAAGAUGAAGAGAAAGAAGAUUUUCUUGACAAGCAACUUGUCAUCACACCAUCAUGGUCAAAGAGUAUUUAAAGAUCACUUGUUCAUCUUUUCCAUUUUGUACUUGGAGUAAAGCAAACAACAGAAAAAAGUUACUGAUCACCUGUCCAAGUGCUGGAUAUUUUGAUUAUUAAUGUCUCUCUGAUGGUUCAAGGCUUGCAAACAAAUAAAAAUUAGUGAAAUUACAAGUUUAAGGGCUUUUGCCUCA